CGUGACUGGAGGCUGCGGCGCCCAAUAGGCGCGGGCCGGUGGGCGUCGGGCUGUGCCGGGCUGUGCGCUGCCGCGCGGCGCGACUGGAGUAGAGGCGCGACCGGUGGCGACAUGUUCCAGGUUCCAGAGCGGGAGGGCGGCCGUGGCGCUUCUAGGGCCAUGAAGCCCCCGGGAGGAGAAUCGAGCAGUCUUUUUGGAAGUCCGGAAGAAGCUGCUCCAUCAAGCAGGCCCAAUAGGAUGGCAUCUAAUAUUUUUGGACCAACUGAAGAACCUCAGAACAUACCUAAGAGGACCAACCCCCCAGGGGGCAAAGGAAGUGGCAUCUUUGAUGAAAUGUCGCCUGUGCAGACUCGACAGCGUUUGAACCCACCUGGUGGGAAGACCAGUGACAUUUUUGGGUCCCCAGUGGCUGCCACCUCACCGUUGGCACACCCCAACAAACCCAAGGACCACAUGCUUUUGUGUGAAGGAGACCCAAAGUCAGGCCGCAAAGCCGUGAGCACCUCGCCCAGAGAAGAGCCAGGUGAGAGAGGCAGCCCCAGGAGAGCCGACCACGCCCAGGAGCCCGUGCCCGCGCCUGACAGCCACGAGCCCCGCUUGGGCCCGCGGCCCCGAUCUCACAACAAAGUCCUCAACCCGCCCGGAGGCAAGUCCAGCAUCUCCUUCUACGACCACAUGCUUUUGUGUGAAGGAGACCCAAAGUCAGGCCGCAAAGCCGUGAGCACCUCGCCCAGAGAAGAGCCAGGUGAGAGAGGCAGCCCCAGGAGAGCCGACCACGCCCAGGAGCCCGUGCCCGCGCCUGACAGCCACGAGCCCCGCUUGGGCCCGCGGCCCCGAUCUCACAACAAAGUCCUCAACCCGCCCGGAGGCAAGUCCAGCAUCUCCUUCUACUAAGAGAAGCUGCUGCUGCCCCUGUAGCCACACAAGGAACUGGAGAGAGGAUUUCGCGUAUUGUAGUUUCUUUUAGCCCAAAGGAGUGGGGGUGGGGAGGGGGGUGUCGCUUGUCUGAGGCCGCUGCUCAGGCUCCUUUGCACCGUGCGAGCUGAGGAGGACCUUGCCUUCCAGGCUGCCGGGAGACUGGUCUUGGUGGGACGAACCGCGGCCCCCUGGUACACUCGUGCGCGGUUCCUGAGGGGCGGGGCCCUCCACAUCCUUCUGUGCAUGAGCUGCCAGCUGAUCGGGUAUCUAACACUCACUAACUGCCGAGUUUAAAGCCUUAAAACCAAAAACAACCUGUCCGUGGCUCUGGGACGGAGGAGCAGGGCUUUAAGCCGAAACACUACUGCCGGGGGUCUGCAGACAGUCCCCCAGCCGUUCCCCUCGGGGGUACAGUGUCUGCCUUAAGGAUUCGGCUGCUGACCCCACCACCUUCUUUUACCUCCACCCCAGAGAAUCGCCCCACACCCCUUUCUUGAAAUCUCUAGAUUGCUUUUCUUGGCAGUGGUCAACAAAAACCAGAAAGUUGUUCUAGGUCUUAAGCUUUACAAUAAUACAGCUUUUGUAUUCUGAUCUCUGAGGUGCCCCAUGUCUGCCAUCAAACCUUGGCCAGAUCUUCCAUAGUCACUGCCUUCCAUUCCCAGGGGUGCUGGUCUCUGCCCAGGUGGGUUUGCUUGUGAAUUGUUCCCCUUGUUUCUCAGCCUUAAGCCUCAGCCCCUGCUUUCAACAAUGAUGUGGGCAGUUCCCUUCACAAGCUACAGUUCUUCCUAUUGCAAGGCCCACUGACUCCUGCAAGACUUGAAAACUCCCAUCAGAUAUGUGCAGGCAGGGGGUUGUGUAAACCUUUCUGUGUCUGUCUGUUCCCACUGCAGUGGGAGAAAGAGAUGCCCUGGGACCUUAGGUUCCCUGGUCUGAACUCUUUCUGUCUGCUCUUCUAGAAUACCAGGCUUAAGUGAGUGACUGUUGACUUUGGUCUGUUUCUGACACCUUUCUAGAAAAAAGCCAGUUGCUCAGUUACACCAAAGAGGAAGAUUUGCUUAGGCCACGCAUGAUAAAGCUUUGCAGAACCUCUGGGCCAUAGUCACAGUUCCCAGGAGGUUAAGGAGUUUGCCAGCCAAGUCUCAACUGGCCAAUUCCAUAUCUGCCUGCACAGAUGACAGGCUGGCAAGAGUUGUGGUGCUUUCAUCUGUCAGGCAGCAGGUUGUGCCACUCAGCCUCUUGUGGGCUACAGUCUCAGUUCCUAUACUUCACUCCUGCUAAAAAAAACAGCAGUUCAUGAGGGAGGGUCUAGGUGGUGGCAAAUGUUAGCAGAAGUGCCUACAAAGUUAAUGCCAGGUGCUACAUGUCAGCAUUAAAAUGCAGAAUAAACUCACAGCAUCCUGGACACCAUAGUGCCUAUAGGAGCUGCCUGCCAAGCUCCACAUGCCCAGCACACUGAGGGCAUCUGCACGUCACUCUGUCAACCAAAGACGGUUUUCCCCUUCAGUGGCCCAGCUGACCAUGGACAGACAACUCCGUGUGACUAGCAAGUACUAUAUCCUCAUUCAGAAACGUUCAAAUGGUCGUUUGUAAAUUUAUUUGGAAUUCAGUGCAUUUUCUCCCAGUUCAAAUGUCAUAGAUGGUGGGUAGCCAUGCACCCACACAUAACCGAACACACGACCUUCUUUAACUUAACAAAGUGUUCCAGUGGUGCGAGCGAACUACUGUCAUUUAGCUUUGGUUUUGCUUUUUAACGUAUAAGAUGAUGUGUGAAUUCCAGGUUAGAUCGCCGAGAACCUGGCAUUGCUGUGCCGGCCCUCACAGACCACCCACAGGGGCCAGAGCCGCAGCAGGGCCACGUGCCCCACUUUACCUUGUCCGUGCCUUCCCCUCCUGUGGCUGUGGGAGUGAGUUUCAAGUACCUGAGCAGUCGGGUCGCUGGGAGAUGAGCCUGUUGGGGUGGCCGUUCAGAUUUUGAAAAUGCCGUGUGUUGGGGAGUGCCUGUGUCUGGAAGAUUCAUUCACUCUUAGCACCAUGUUCUCAACCUCUACGCUGAAUUGAGAAAUUACUCAUCUGUAUCUUUAUUAAGCUUUAAAACUUAUGUGCAUUUGGUGCCAACAUUUUUCCAGAGCUCUAAAACAAACCCGUACUCACAUCACAGUGCGAUCUGAUAGGAACAUUGUGUCAUUUUUACGAGGCAGCGUUGGAUUACAGUUGAAUUAAACGUAGUGAUCAGCGCUCGAG